AUGGCAUCGACUGAAGAUGAAAGGCCAUUCAAACGAGCCCGUCAAGCUUGCGAGCCAUGUCGCCGGAAGAAGUCCCGUUGCCCAGGCGAGAAACCGAUUUGCUCGUACUGCGAGCGACUAGGUCAACAAUGUGUGUAUGCAGGAACAGAGAAUGGGGAAGAAAGCUUCGGCCACUCUCAGAAGUUGAUGGAACAACGCAUUUCUGGUAUUGAAGGCAAGCUAGAACAAUUGAUGGAAUACAUUACGCGACCUGCCCCAAAUCACCUCUCUUUGCCGGUUGUCCCCGAGAAUAACCCUCGGAUACCAGAAUUUCUGCCAACGGAGAGCUCGUCCAUAUCCGGAUCAUCUGGGGUCCCAAAUGCUGACCUUUACCUAACCUUUUGUAACGCGCAGCCCCUUAUGUUAUUCCCCAACAGGUCUUCUCUGGCCUCCCUGGGAAAGCGGGACCCCGAGCUUCUACUUGCAAUUGAAGCCCUUGGGGUCCGCUUCAAAAGACCAGGAGUCAUUGACCAGGACAUACAACUAGAAAUUAAGCGAAAAACAGACAGGGCCUGUCAGAUGGUCAUGAUGCGUUUGGCGUCCGGGACUGUGGAGCUAUCUACAAUUCAGACUCUUUGUCUUCUAACGGGCCAUGUCAUUCGUGCAGGGUCUUAUACCACACUUGCCACAUAUUUGAUGAGAAAUCUCAGAAUAAAUGGCCUAGAGUCUAUAGGCAACUUGGAAACCGAACGUGAUGAGCGCAAGCUUUGCUACGUAAGCCUGGUCAUGCUUAAGAAUCUCCAGGGUUCCCUACAUCCACCUGGAGAUACCUUGGACUUACUCGCAGAGGCAGGUGAAAUCACGUCGCCAUUGGGAGCCAUGAUGUUCAAUAAAGACAUUUCCCGAGGUAACAGCGGUGACUCCAAGCUAGACAUUGGAAUCAAUGGCACCAGUGUUUACACAAGCGAACUGUGGGCGAUGGCAAGUAAUUAUGCCGCCAGCCAUGUCGGCAUUGACGCUCAUCCCCCGUGGUCCCCAAACUCUGAUUACACCAUGAUCAAUUUUCGACACUGUGAGCACGAGAGUCUCAUGCCGCUGAGGUUCCGACUUCAUGCAAGUCGCUUCCAAGAUCAUCCUCCCGCCGAACUCCAGGCUCAUCGCGACUAUUGGAGCCCGUGGUUAUUCUUCCAGUUAGUCUGGCAUGCGGUGCCUUGUUUAGUAAACCAUCCCUUCCUUUUAUCUAUGCGACUUCGGAACUUCCGGAGGACAAUGCCCCAAUCAUUCCUCCGCAAUUCUUUCGAGCAGUUGACCUUCCACUCGGGCUGGGUUGUUCAUUUCCUCGAGCUUAUCGAGGCAAAGAACUUCGAGGUAUCUGAUCCGAUCAUAGGGCAAUGCGUGGCAAUUGUCGCUACGAUCUAUCUUCAACAUAGUUUUGUUGAGGAUGAAACUUUUAACAGAAAGGCGCAAACGGGAUUUGAGAAAUGUCUUAGAUUCCUACGGAACAUGAGUCAUCGAUGGCCUCAUAUCGAUCGCCAGGUCCGACAAUUGCAACAACUCCGGGACAGCGUUUCCUCCGGAGGCCUCACUACAGGCAACAUCGCGCCAGGGGGAACAAACCCUCGUCAGAAGUGGUCUGUGAACCUGCAGCUAUUGUGGAAAAUCUUAGUAUAUGCCCAUGCAAGUAACAUAUCGGAUCCUGCUAGCGACAUCUUCGGCCUGGAGCUUGCCAAAGACAGUGUUGGAUGCUCCGGGGACCCUUCCGCUGGCGCUAUCACUGACCGUGAUUUUGCUUUGAUUGGAUCCGCUGGAAUCUCAGGCCACAAGACAGUGGCCCCGGAGUGUGUCACCUAUCCACCGGAGCAAACUGAGGACCCCAUACAAGCGCAAAGUCAGAAUUCACCGAGGAUGGACUUUUCAGGACUUCCGGCGGACGCCAAUAUGGAGUUUAGCGGGAGUGAUACGUUAUUACUACAGCUUCAGGAUUAUGGGAGGGCGUUCGAGGAUUGGCUAAACGUUAACCCACCGUGA